AGACGUACAAGGAUGCCUAGUCCACGGAGGCGCCCCUCCAGAGGCGAUUCGCGUAAUAGAGAUCGGCAUACUUCUCGUAGGUCUCGCGACCGUAGUGAGGUUAGAUCAAACCGCAAUUCGAGCGACAGACAACGAACUUCGCGAGAUGGCUUGCGUGUCCGAGAUCGGCAUGAUUCUCGCAAUACUGAAGUGCAUCGGUCGCGUACUCGUGUUAGGUGCGAAUUGCGUAGUAGGGAUCGCUCUCGUAGUGCUCCUCGCGACCGGUCGAGAUCACACUCGCGUUCAAUGCGUUCUUCUAACGAUGACGUCCUCCUUCUGAGUAAUACGGUACACGAGGGAAUUGAACUGUUGCGUAAGGUACUUAGAAUUCUCACAAUAGCUGGUUUUUCAAUAAAUCUGGCCAAAUGAUCGUUUCUGGUUACUGAAGUCGAAUAUUUAGGUAGACUCAUAACGUAAGGUCAGGUUAGGCCGAGUCCACGGAAAGUAGAAGCUUUAGUCAGCUCUUUACCUCCCGAGAACGUAAAGCAGGUGCGACAACUUUUAGGCUUGGCAGGAUCCUCUACCCUAUUUACCGACAAGAUUCUACGGAACUUAAACGCGUCAUUACUCAGGCUAUCUCCUUGUUUGGGGUGCCAAAACUUAUGGUCACGGACAAAGGACGUAUGCUCGAGUCUAAAGAAUUCGUGGCAUGGAUUAACGAACUCGGCUGCAACCUGCACUACAUCACGCCAGAGAUGCACCAGGCAAAUGGUCAAGCGGAAAGGUACAUGCGGACAAUACUCAACAUGUUACGCAUCCAAGCCAACCACAAAAAUCUGCAGUGGUCGGAAACUCUGUGGAAACUACAACUGGUGCUGAACAUCACAAGACAGAAGACUACGCAGGUAUCUCCCUUGAAUCUUCUAAUAGGCACAGAAUCUACAACUCCUGUGGUUCGAGCGCUAGUACGUGAUGUGGCAAUCGAGGGUUUGGCACCUAACAGAGAGGCACUACGUGAAAUCACAAGAAGCAGAGCCCGAGAACUCCUCAGUAACAACCAAAUCAAGCAAGACGAGCAAGUUAACCACCGACGGAGUACACCACGCCAAUUCAAUGUUGAUGACUUGGUCUUUGUAAUCAAAUACUCUCAGUUGGCAGGGAAACUCGACUCCGGCAUGCGCGGCCCAUACAAGGUGGUGGAAGUUCUACCUAGUGGCCGUUACACGCUACGUUUGCUCGGCGGCAGUUAUGGUAAAACAACGCAGGCUGCUGUUCAGUUCAUGGUGCCGUGGCGGGGUGAGUGGAGCCCUGAAACAUGUGCCGCAUUUUUUGAAAAUGAAACUAACGAUGACGAGGAGACGGAAGUGCAAAUAGAGUUUGCUCCUACAGCUGCACUGUCCAUGCCCUUGCUGGAUGAGGGUGUUGUAACCGAUCCACCGACCUCUCCAGUGGCCGGUCCCAGCGGGAUCACAAGAAGAAACUGUGUCGAGGACGACUCACCGUCAGGAGAGGCCGUGUAAGGAGUUUCUAUCUAUCAU